CGUGAGGGGGGAGGAGCUCAGAUGAUUCCUCUCUAAUCCUCCAGACUCGCGCUCGGUCUAACUGCCGACUGGCUUGAACAGGGAAAGAGGGAGACGGAGGCAGGUGGAGGAGAUGAAGGAAGGAGAAGAGAGGGGAGCCGCCGCUCGGAAAACACGCUGAGAGGAGGGCGGAGGGGGGCCUCACGCGGGAAGACGGAGCAGGAGAACGAUGCUCUGCUCCUCGUAGUCUGCCGGAACCGAACCGGGAGAAAGAAGCAACAGGAGGGAGGCGGGAAAGCCUUGGAAAAGAAGAAGAGACCGAAGGGAGGAAGGAGACAGCGGCGAUGAAGAGGGCGCAGCGGGAGAGCAGGAGCAGAGAUGACUCCUUCCUCCAGCUCACAUGACUCGUACAGUGAUGCGUGGAGGAGAGGAGAGCUGCUGAUGGAGGUCCUCCUGCUUCCUCUCCGUUAGACCAGGUGUGUCUAACAGCACAUGACAGCCCAGCUGGUGAGGGGGUAAGAGGAGGUCAGGAGCAGCCAGAGGUGGAGGACAGGAGGAGCGUGCGUGGAUAGAGAACAUCACGCACACUUCAGGCUGCGUGCAGCUGCACUCUCUACCUCUAUACUCAACACAAGUGGACUUGAAGACCUCAGUACCAGCAGCACUCCUUCUACUCAAAGGGAGCCCCCCCCAUCCUGAUCCCCGUGCCCAGUGGAUGCCUCCUGACUCCAACCAUGGGAGAAUGGACCAUCCUGGAGCGCCUCCUGGAGGCUGCGGUGCAGCAGCACUCCACCAUGAUAGGAAGGAUAUUGCUGACUGUGGUGGUCAUCUUCCGCAUCUUGAUUGUGGCCAUAGUUGGGGAGACGGUUUAUGAGGAUGAGCAGACCAUGUUCAUCUGUAACACUCUGCAGCCAGGCUGCAACCAGGCCUGCUACGACAAGGCCUUCCCAAUCUCCCACAUCCGCUACUGGGUGUUCCAGAUCAUCCUGGUCUGCACUCCCAGCCUCUGCUUCAUCACCUACUCAGUUCACCAGUCAGCCAAGCAGAAAGACCGCCGGUACUCCUUCCUCUAUCCCAUCAUGGAGAAGGACUAUGGCGGCAGAGAUGGAAUGCGAAAGCUUCGCAAUAUAAAUGGGAUUUUAGUGCAGCACGGUGGUGAUGGGGGAGGGGGGAAGGAAGAGCCUGACUGUUUAGAAGUUAAGGAGAUUCCCAACGCCCCGCGAGGUCUCACACAUGGGAAGAGCUCCAAAGUACGUCGGCAAGAAGGCAUCUCUCGCUUUUACAUCAUUCAGGUCGUGUUCCGAAACGCCCUGGAAAUUGGCUUCUUGGCAGGCCAAUACUUCCUGUAUGGCUUCAGCGUGCCUGGGAUUUUUGAGUGUGACCGUUACCCCUGCCUCAAGGAAGUGGAGUGCUACGUGUCCCGGCCCACGGAAAAGACUGUUUUCCUGGUUUUUAUGUUUGCAGUGAGCGGCAUCUGCGUUGUGCUGAAUUUAGCCGAGCUCAACCACCUGGGCUGGCGGAAGAUCAAGGCAGCGAUCCGGGGCGUCCAGGCUCGCAGGAAAUCCAUCUGCGAGAUCAGAAAAAAGGACAUGGCCCACUUGUCCCAGCCGCCCAACCUGGGACGCACUCAGUCCAGCGAAUCGGCCUACGUUUGACGAUGAAGAUGAAAACAGGAGAGGAUGGAUGUGGAGAGAGAAGGAAUUAUGAUUUUCAUUUGCUCAGGAUUAAAGGCCAAAACAAAAAUCCUUUGGUGAUGAUGGAGAUGAAGAGAAUGUAAGGGCAGUGGAAAAUGAAUAAUACAGUAAAUGACAAAGUAUUUGGGUCUGCUAGCAAACACACGAACAGGGAUCUCGUGAGGAGAUUCAGUCUGUUUUUAUACUUUUAUCCUAAUAAUCCAUGAGCUUCUCCACUGCCCUUUGGAGGGAAGGCGUAAGUCAUCAAGAAGUUAGGGAGGAAAUGGAAAAAAAGGAAAAACUUAGGAGGAAUUGUUUGUAUUCUUUGAGAAGUGACAACGGUGUUUGAUGCAUCCCAUGGUGCUUUUCAUCUGGACUCCAUCAGAUUCACCAAAAAGAGGAGGGGGGGAGCGGAUAGGACAGAGGAACAUCAUUAACAGAGGAACGGAAGAACUGUCAGAGCAGUCACAACCCAUGUUUGUUGGGGGGGGGGGUGUUGGUGGGACAAGAGCAUGUGAACCAAAAGACGGAGGAGAGAAGAACGGACAUAUUUUUAAGUUCCUCCAUCUUUUCUCUGGAGGCUCAUUGGUCUGCCUCCAGCGUGGUGUCUUCUGCUGAGAUGACGUCACAGGCCAAAAGCAGAGAAGAGCCGACUGUGUUUAUGCUCUGUCUCUUGGCAAAAGUUGAUGCGAGCACAAACAGAGAGAAGUUACCAUAAACACUUUCAUCCCUGAACUCCGUGGUUGGCAGCAGAACAAACUUAGUGAACAAAUGGACUAACAGUUAAUUAGAGUAAUCCCCCCAUGAAUCCAAACCAAAAGUCCUUGCUGUUAGAGAAGAGCACAGAAAAAUACAGGAAGAAGAAGAAACCCUAACUUUUAUACAAACGUUGUAAAUGACAUAACCAUGAGUUUAGAUUUUCUUUAUUUUCCAGAGAUGGUGCCAUUUUUAAUAUAUUCAAAUUAUUGUUGAGAACAUAUAGAAAGUAUACCAUAGUAUUAUUGAGUAUAUCCAAAUCAAAUUAUUUAUUUUUUGGGUGGUUGAAAAGUCUUACUUUAUCAGAUGUAAAAACUCUUUAUUUAACACAAAUAAUCUUUUCACUGAUGGAAGGGACGUCAUGACUUGAAGGCGUUUGUGGGCUUUAAUGUGAACCAGUGAAGGUGUGCAGCUGGUUUCCUUCAGAAGAAAACUGUAAACACAUCUGUACAGUAUUUGUUCUUUGCCAACCAGCUGCAGCCUGUGUUUGCUAGAGGCAUGUGCACGUUUCCUGAAUGACCGAGCUGUUACUGAUGAGGAUUUAUUAAGACACGUGUGUUUUUGAACUUCAGUGGUUUUCUUUUAGCUGUUUCUGUGCCGACUGAUAUCAGCUUGCAUGCAAGAAAAAAAAGAGAGAGAACAGUAAAAAAAAAAAGAGGACAGAGCAGUGCACCCGGAUCAUGAAAGAGGAGUGGAAGAGUGGCGGACUGCAGGGACCAAUGCUGGGAAAACAUUUCUGGAUGUCACAGAUUUUUCUAAAAACCUGGAGCUGACAGGAGGCAGUCGCAAAAACCAGCAACCCUGAGAAACCAAAAUGGGUUUGGUUAAAUGUAAAACCUAAGCUGCUCAGUUACACAGAGAAAAACUUGUUUAGGAAAUGUAUGCAACUGAAAAACUAUUAUGAUCUUAUUUUAAAUUAGUCUUCACUCACCAAAACUAUUUUAUUAGGUUGAUUUAUAAGUUUCAUAGUCAACUUUUCUGUUUUUUUUUUGUACGUUUUUAACUUCAUAUGACCCUAGCCCCACAGCUAGAAGUCCCUCAGUCAGGUCAGCGUGCAGAUUAUCUGUGCUUUCUCAGCGUCUCCUCCUUGUAAACAGAUCAGAGCUGACUUUAGCAGCAGCUAAAGCAGCCGCAGAUUCCCUCAGCCUUUUGGAAUCUAACAGGUAAUUCCCUCCAGGUUUAGAUAUACUCAGGAUCUUCAGUGAAAUGGACUCCGUCCUCUGCAUGCACCAGCGAAGACAACAUCCCUGAAAGGUCCUGCCAGAAACACUAAUAAUAGCAGCUGGGUUUCCCAUUAGAAACGGUGCUUCAAGUGAAGGCUUAAAUGCGACCUUAAGCUUAAAAGCCUAAAAGCCGAGUCCGGAACUAUAUCCGGCUGCUGCUACAGAGUCCAUUCAUAUUAGUCUCCGAGACAGUGCAGGUUUGAGUUCUAUUUUUACUGAAUUGCACACAUGCACUCUCUCAACGUGCGCUCACUUUGGAGAAGAUCUGAACAUAAAGCAGACGUCUCCUUCAGCGGGAACUCCAGUCCGCUGUCCUUCAGGUGGGCACAUCAGCCAAAGAAUCAAGCUCUUUCCCAGAGUUCAUUAGUGCUUCAAACCUCCUGUGAUUACAACACUGCCUCCCCUUUCAGAGUAAAAGCCCAGCUCUUCCAGCAGUCCUCUGCUCUCCACAGCCUGCUUUACUGUCUGUCAGUGUGAAAUGAAUUAUGCAAACUUUUUCUUAUUUGCUUCCUGUUUUGACUAUUGGAUUCAUUUUUAUUUGUUGCUCUUUUUGUAUGGAAACGUAUCAAAAAAGAAACAACGUUUUUCAUGUAGUGAAAACUUUUUUUUUAAAGGUUUUGUGAAAAUCAAGGGUAGAGCGUUGAAAUAUAAGAGUAGCAGAAAAAACAUUAUAUUUCCUCCUUCGCCAAAGUCAUAUGCAAAUUUACAAGACUUUUUAACUGCAUGUGUAUUAGCUAUAAUAAGCAUGUUUCUAUGUUUUAUUCAACAGAAUCUAAAAAGAAAGAUUUUUACAGUUGAAGUUAUACAGGAAUGAUGACUAGUGUGCAGAUGAAACCCAGAUCUUUGGACCAAACAGAGCUCAGCCAGUCCAAAAAAGAGUGUGACAAAUGCUGUGAACCCUCAUCCUUAAGAAAAUGGCACAAAAUACCUUUAAAAUGACCACCAUGGGCUUUGACUCAUGAGAUAUUCCUUUGAAGGGUUUGUGAAAAAAGUACUGUAAAAAAAGAAAGAAAUCACAGAAUAUUAAAUGUGCAGCUAUGAGACUGGCUGCUGAAACAUUCCAGGAUUUAGACUGUAGCACAAAGUGUAUUUGAGGUGGACUGAAUUCUCAGAAAACGAACAACAGGAAGCACACUCAGGACAGAAAACAUCCGUUUUAUACUGGUAGAAGUGGACCUUCUUUACAUUUUAUAGAAACUGUGCGUUGGCAUCGUCCUCAUCAAUCCUGAUACUGUUGGACCCUCCUCAGAAAGCCUGAGCCAUCUGCUCUUUGGUGUUCGUGAAGACUUUACCUUCUUCAGAUACAUUCCUUUAAAUCCAGCAAAGUCCUGCCCACGCAUCACUGUUGAUGUAGCUCUGCAGAAGCGAAGCUCACACCUUUGACUGUUACCAGGCUGUCAGCUUGGCUGCAACGGUUUACAGGUCACAACGUUUCCGAUCAAAUUCUCUGUAGAAUUAUCCUGCAGUAAAUGAAGCGACCGUUCGAUUCCUCCGGGACGCAGCGUGCAGUCCGUUUCCUUCAUGAUCACAGCUCUCGCUGGUACAUCUCUGUUUCUGCCAGAGGGAACUGAGAUCGAUUUAGCCAGUGCAACGGGCUCGUCUGCAGCUCUGUGGAGGAUUUUAAAAGAAUUUUAGGGUUUCUUACUCAUCACAGGUUACAAAGCCAUAGAAUAAAAGACACAUUCCAAAUAUAAAAGAGCACAAUGUGAGGAAGUUCUGCAGAACUUCACCAAUUAAUGUUUAAGACAUUUUUGCAUUUAAACUGAAACUAAACAGCUUUAAAGGAAAUUCUGUGUUUAAUGCAACAAAAAAAGGCAAUGAAAAAUCUGAUUUAUCCAAACGUUCAGCAGGGAUUUCCAUUGAGUCGCUCUAGUCCUGUGUCAUACUGGUGCUCCUGGACUGGAUCAGAACCACUUCAACACGCAGAAAUCUUCCUUCGGCAUGCUCACUCUCAACUAUGUGUCUGCAGCAGACUCAGUUAAAACGGCCUCUUUACUUCAUGUCCUGACCAACAGCAGCUCCUUAGAGCUCAAGGUCUCCAUCAUUGGUCUGGCUGAAAGGAGAAGAUCUGAAUGUUGAUGUUUCAGCAAAGUGGGAGGAGCAAAGCGACACAUGGCCAAUAUUUAUAAAAGAAAGAUGACCUUGUUAGAUUUUAGGAAAUCCUGGCUUCCACAGUCACAUCUAAGCAGAUGUGAACCCAGGAAUGACGCACACACAACCUACCACUUGGUGACACCAUCAGAGAAUCUGUGGUUGCAGGUUCACAAACAUACGUGACGGCCCUUCGUUAAAGUCCCUGUACAUUUAAUCAGUGUACUGUAUGUAAAGACUGAAUAAACCUUGAAUGUGACAUAACACCUGAA